AUGGCUGCCCUCACCACCAUAACUGAGGCAUCUUUGCACUCAGCGGGCGAGCUGAUGACACGCUCAGCCAGCGACUCAAACUUAGACAUCAAUCCUUUACCCCUGGAGCAGCGGAGGGGCCUUAUCGCCUACAUCAUUCUCAUCUACAACUUGGUUCUCGCCGACUUCUUACAAUCAAUCGCCUAUCUCAUCUGCUUGAAAUGGAUAAUAGACGACAAGAUAAAUUCUGGCACCGCUGCAUGUUUCCUUCAGGGCCUAUGGCUCCAAAUGGCAAAUCCAGGAAGCGGUCUUUUCGUCCUCGGUAUUGCCUUCCAUACAUUUUUACUUAUCGUUUGGGGAUACAAGAUGUCCCACAAAACCUUCGUCACAUUCGUUUGUGGGAUCUGGUCAAUGGUUCUUAUUCUUAUGAUUAUCCCUCUAGCAUCCCAUGGGGCUGAUGCUUUUGUCCCAUCUGGUGCUUGGUGUUGGAUCAGGGAAGACUAUGAAGCCCUUCGUCUUUGGACGCAUUAUUUCUGGAUUUUCCUCGCCGAAUUCGGUACUCUCUGUCUCUACGCGGUGAUGUACACCCAGCUUCGGCGGCAAAUUUCCGCCUCUGCGAUUCUGGGAAAUAGCCACAUCGAGGGCCUGAAGCGUUUGCGCCGUGUCGUUGGGUAUAUGACCAUUUAUCCCAUUGUUUACGUCGUGCUUUCCCUGCCCUUGGCAGCAGGACGUAUGGCAAAUAUGAGUGGCAAAAUGCCCUCUGUCGCAUUCUUUUGCAGUGCCGGUGCUAUUAUUACCAGCUCCGGCCUUGUCGACGUGAUUUUAUAUACGCUUACACGCCGCAACCUCAUAAUCGACUCCGAACCUAGUCAAGAUCGCUCCUACAGCAUGUUCCCAGGCAGUCGUGGACGUGAUGUCAAAACUCACCUCACCACCAUCACAGCCGAGCCUAAGAGCCGGAAGCAAAACACUAUGAACGGCACAAUUACGGAGCGAGGGGGCUCAGAGGAUCGAAUAUUUCGAUCGGACCUUGAAUUGGCGCCAAUUGGAAAGGUGCACCAGGAGACCACGAUUGAGGUUACCACUGAGCCUGCAUACCCGUCAGAAGGGGCGAGUGGGCGAUCUAGCAACGAAUUUUGUGAAGCUACGUCGAGUCCGAUGUGGAAAUGA